AUGCGACCAAGAAGCUUGACGGAAUCUGACGGUAUUAAUGCUCGUGAUUUUAAGUCGUGGAGGGUUUAUCAAGUCAACAAUCAACUAUAUCUAGGGUCCGUGGGGUCCAAAUCUAGCCGAGCUUGUACACUUUGUCUUUCAAACCUAACACAAACACCCUUUGUGGUAAAGUUCGACGCCGAAGAUGUGAAUAAACAGGCACUUGCGCAAGGUAUAGUUGUCAGAGCUUCCGAGGGCAUAUUCAGUGAUGUUGUAGCCCUUUUGAAGGAUACCACAUCGCAAUGUCAGAUGCUCUCACAAGAAAAUUGUAUGACAUUUAAAAGUGUGCUAUAUGACAACGUGGAGGUCAAACUUACUCUUCCGAUGGCGUCUGUCGGUGAGCUUGACACCCUCUUAAUCUAUCAAGGUACUUCCAAAUGCUUGUUUAAAGGGCUGGAGCUACAGUACGACAUAGUAAAUGGUCUUCGAGCAAUUAUUAGGCAAAAAGAACAAGCCUUGUCGUUCCUGGAGGGCAGCAUUCGAGAUCUUGGUUUCGGAAAUGUUGUUGACAAGUGGUCACCUCCCCUCUCUAUGAACAAUGAAGUUUUGCAAACUUUCAAUUACGGAAGCUGGGUAUCAAACUGGAGUAAUAAAUCCGUUGAUCACCAGGCGUAUGCUAGAAGUGCUGGUGAUUUCCAUGAAAUGAUAAACGUUCUAUUCAAAAAGGCUACUGGUGUUCAAAAGUUAGGGUUUACCGAUCGAAUGGACGAAGAAUCGAUUAAGUCAUCGAAUAGUGAUGAUUUUGAAAGCCAACGGAGCGGAGGCUCUGUGGCUGAGAAGGACGCACCACAGGUUGAGCAAAUGAGUACGUUGAAGAGAAAUUUUGACGAGCACCUAACAGGACUUAACAGCAAGGUUGGUUUCGAAGCAUCCUCUGUAUCUGAGACGUUAUCAAAAAUUGGGGAGGACUCGAAGCAUCCACCUGCGAGAUCCGAAAGUCAAGACGAAUCGAAUUUAACUGUGGAUCAAUCGCCAAGCAAGAGAAGGCGUAAGUUUGGUAAGAUAAGAGCAGAGCCCAAGUGA